AUGCGGGACCCGCCAUCCCCUUGGUGGGCCGCCUACGGAGCCACAUUUAUAUUUUUGCUAUUGAGAUCAACGGUUUCAGCGGAAUGUGUCUCCGACUACUACGCAGAUGAUAUCUCUGUGGAACGGGCGGCUGAUGUCUCAUUUUAUUUCACUGCACUCGAAAUACGAUCGCCGUUCGACUGCGCCCAAUUUUGCGCAAAUCGAAAAUUCUGUCGGACCGCUGUCUACAACUCUUUUGCGAGGAGUUGUGCCAUUUCAUAUGCGCAGAAGGUGGAUUGUCGAGUGAGUACGCAACGCUACCUGGACGAUUUCAAGCCGCAGGGCCAUUUAGUGCAGAUGGCUUGCUUCAAGGAUUGUCACGAGUAUAGAUAUCUUGCGCGUCACCCAAAGCUUGUAACGGUUGGAGGAACCUACGAUGCUCCAAAGAUGCAAAUCAAGAUCAUCACCGGAGAGCCGAAUGACGGGAAGCCGGUAUCACACAGCCCGGCCGACCCUCAAACCGCCAAUCUACAAAAUGAUGCUCCUCCUCAACAUCCAGCCAAAGGCAAAGUGUGCUUCACGACAAGCCCGGAAAGCUAUUUGCUGGACGCGGAUUUCCAAAAGAUCUCUCCAGCCUCGAUUAAUGAGUGUCGAUGCCUUUGCGCUGCCACUUGGAAAAACGAGACCGCUUUUCACCGGUGCCUCUCUCUGCAGUACUCGGCUUCGACGAAGACGUGCUGGUUAAACAAAGGCACACACUUCGGCAAAUACGACUUGAUUGGCGAUAAGAAGAUGACGUACCAGCACAUUACUUGCGACCCGAAAGUUCUUCUAUCCGUCGCCUCAAAAAAGAAAAUUGCUGCCGCACGACGAGAAGAAGACUUGCUGGAGGGAUUGGGCUCCAGAACCUCCACAACCCCCAACUGCUUCGAGGUGGUCGACGGCCAGCUGUUGAGUUCAUCAGCUGGAGGGCUCGAGCAAGGAAUAUCGCUCCAGGAAUGCCAAUGUCUGUGCGCCAAUAGCAAGGCAUCAGGACGCUUCGCCUUCGAGUGUUUAUCUGCCACCUACUACCAUAACGAGCGCGACUGUGUCUUGAACCUGGAGAACAGAGAGACAAGGCCAGAGGCGUUCCGAAGUGAUGAGAAUGUGACGUAUAUCGGGCUGACUUGUAGUCGAGGCGAAGCCCUCGCACAGCUUGUCAACUCGGAGAAACAGUACGGCUGCUUGGCCAAGGUUACCACGACCACGCUCGCUACGACGACCACCAAGGAGACUUAUCCGAGCCAAUCCGAUGACUGCUUCGAGGAGCUCCCUUCCCACGUUUUGGAGGGCAUCUCUCUAGCCGUAGAAGCUUCCGUUUCCCCACUGCAAUGCAAGUGCUUCUGCGCAAAUGCUGAAAAGAGAUACGGUGAGAGCUGUCAGAGCGCUCAGUAUUACUUCGAGAGCAAGACGUGUUUGAUUAAUAAGCAAAAUCGGUUCUCCAACCCCGAAAAUUUCAACACCAUCUCAAGCGGUGGUCAACUCCAGAGUUACCUUGAAUACAAAUGUGCUGCUAAAGAAAAACUCAAAAAGAAAUACCUCACCGACGACUGUGCUGAAAUCUUCUCCAACUCCGAGUUGGCCGCUGUCUUGGAUUCCAGCUCUCAAGCCGAGGCUUCAUCAACAGUAUCUACCACUACAAGCCAGAAAACCACCAUAAAACCGAACACGCAAAGCUCCGCUAAAACGACAAAGGAUUCUCAUAAGACCAAGACUUGGAAGCACACAAAAAAGGAGCGAAAAGCCUCCCAUCAAGCCGACCUUCAAGAGGAUGAGAGUACGGAGGUCAAGACGAGAAGUACGGUAGAGAUGGAGAGCUCGACAAAGAGUGCAAAGAAGGAGAAGCUGGCUGGGACUACGGAAGUUCCGACUACAACGAUUACUAAAUUGCCGGUGAAGAAGUUUCGGAGAAAGGUGGGUGGGCAU